ACCCUUUCAUUUUUUCAUUCCCCUUUUAAUAAUUUUGUAUCUAAAGAAACAAAACCCAGUUGUGAUCGUCGCCCUUUAUAUACAGAACUUUGGUGUUGUCAUAUUCUUCAAAGAAAAACAAGGACUCAAUGGCCAAGAGUAAGGUUCUCGUGGUGGGGGGAACUGGGUAUAUAGGCCGGAGGAUUGUCAAGGCAAGCUUGGCUCAGGGGCAUGAAACCUACGUCCUCCAACGUCCGGAGAUCGGGCUUGACAUCGACAAGCAGCAGAUGUUACUGUCGUUCAAGAAGCAAGGAGCUCACCUUGUGGAGGGCUCGUUCAAUGAUCACAAAAGCUUGGUGGAUGCUGUUAAGCAAGCCGAUGUUGUCAUUUCCACCAUGUCUGGGGUGCAUUUUCGCAGCCACAACAUCUUGUUGCAGCUCAAGCUGGUGGAAGCCAUUAAAGAAGCUGGGAAUGUUAAGCGUUUCCUACCUUCAGAGUUUGGUACGGAUCCGGCUCGAAUGGGACAUGCACUGGAACCGGGAAGAGUAACAUUCGAUGAAAAAAUGGUUGUGAGAAAGGCAAUCGAGGAUGCUAACAUCCCUUUCACCUAUGUAGUUGCCAACUGCUUUGCUGGUUACUUUGUCGGCAACCUUUCACAAAUGGAAAGGCUCACUCCUCCAAAAGAUAAAGUAUAUCUCUAUGGGGACGGAAAUGUUAAAGUGGCUUUUAUGGACGAAGAUGAUAUUGCAACAUACACGAUUAAAGCAAUAGAUGACCCCAGAACAUUGAACAAAACGUUGUACAUAAGGCCUCCGGGGAACAUUCUCACCCAAGCACAGCUAAUCCAGAAAUGGGAGAAGCUCUCCGGGAAGAAACUAGAGAAGAUUAGCAUUUCUGCACAAGAUUUCCUAGCCUCGAUGAAAGGGAUGGACUUUGCAGGGCAGGUAGGCGUGGGCCAUUUCUAUCACGUUUUUUACGAAGGUUGCUUGACAAACUUCGAAAUAGGGGAAGGUGGUGAAGAAGCGUCGAUGCUUUAUCCAGAGGUGGAAUACACCCGCGUGGACGAUUACUUGAAAAUCUACGCAUAACGAAAUGCAAACUUCCCAGGAUUUUCACCUUAAAGCAACAAUAACGUUAUUCCAAGUAAUACAAUAAAAUUGUUAUGGUCUCCGUAACGUUUUCAGGCGUCUACGUGCCCUAUGUAUGAAUGGGUAACUCUUUUUUCCAACUCCUGUCCUGUUCCCUUGUUGAUUACAUCAAUAUAUGUGAUUGUAGUGCUUUCGGUUUCA